CUUUGCCUGACGGAAUCCAAAAUAUGAUCACUAUCAUUAGUUUCCCUUUUUAGUUUAAGUUUUAUUUUUGUACCAUAUAUUUCUUAACUUAAUGAUCUACUCAAGUGAUCAUUUAAAAUUUUAACUCCUUUUAUAUAUUCUCUGUUAGAGAGAUUUGUAUACUUGAGAUGUCAGAAUCUUUACGUAUUUCUAGGCAUCCUUACUCUAAAUUUUUAAAAAACAAUAUUUAUAAAUCUCUUAAUUUAUUUUCUGGCGAAUUUGGUUCCAAACCUUAUAAUUCAACAGAUCCUUUCACUAGAAAACACAUACGCAGUAAAAUUCUGGAUGAAUACAUCUCAGUAUCUCAAUAUACACCUAUAACAAACUCAAACUCUCAAAUAAUUGACCGCAGUAAGGAGAAGGAACUUGUAACACCCAAGACUAGGAAGAGUAGGUCGGCCUUGGCAGAGGUUAUUGAUUCAGUUGAUGCUGAACUAUGUGCUCUUCGUCCUCCAAAGAAGUUGGAAUACCUAGAUUCUGACUUAGGUCAGCCUAAAUAUAGACUAACUGAUACUAAUUAUCUGACUAUUUCAGAUGCCAACUCAACAGCUGAGAAACCAACUGAGGGCAAGGAAAUAUCACUUAUUCCCCAGGACGUUAAGGCUGAAACGCUGAAAAAAUACCUAAAAGAGACCGUUUCAAAGGGUCAUGAGAUAGCUAGUCUGGAUAUAAACCCGAAACUGGAAAGAAUUCGAAGAGGAAGACCUACUUGGCACGAACCUUGGAAGUUAUACCGGGUUAUAAAAGGCCACCACGGUUGGGUACACUGUGUUGAUGUGGAUAUUUCAAAUGAGUGGUUUGUAUCAGGCAGUGCUGAUAGGUUGAUUAAGAUUUGGGACCUAGCCUCAUGUGAGUUAAAGCUUUCACUGACCGGCCACAUAAACACAGUUCGUGAUAUUAAGAUAUCCACCAGGAGCCCGUACAUCUUCUCAUGCAGUGAGGAUAACACUGUCAAGUGCUGGGAUAUUGAACAGAAUAAAGUGGUUAGAAGUUACCACGGACAUUUGUCAGGAGUGUACAAGCUAAGUUUACACCCAGAGUUGGAUAUACUAUUCAGUGGUGGUAGAGAUGCAGUAGUUCGUGUUUGGGAUAUAAGAACAAAACAAGCAGUUCAUGUAUUAACAGGACAUUCCGGAACUGUGAUGAGCCUUGUUAGUCAAUCUUCAGAACCACAGGUUAUUUCAGGCUCCCAAGACAAAACUGUUAGGCUCUGGGACCUUUCCAUGGGCAAGAGUAUAGUGACACUCACAAACCAUAAAAAGAGCAUAAGAGCAAUGUCUAUACAUCCAACUGAAUACUCAUUCUGUUCAUGUGCCUCAGAUAAUGUUAAGGUUUGGAAGUGCCCUGAGGGCCAGUUUAUUAGAAAUAUCACAGGCCACAACAGUAUUUUAAAUUGUAGUGCAAUUAAGGAUGAUGGAGACUCCAGUAUCUUAGUUGCAGGUAGUAAUGAUGGGCAAUUACACUUCUGGGAUUGGAACUCAGGUUACAAGUUCCAGACCCUUCAAUCAAAAGUUCAAAAGGGUUCAUUGGAGAGCGAAAACGGUAUCUUUGCCCUAGUGUUCGAUAAGAGUGAGUCUAGACUCAUAACAGCCGAAUGCGACAAGACUAUAAAGAUUUAUAAGCAGGACGAAACUGCAACCGAGGAAACACAUCCAAUUGACUAUCAACCAUCAAAGAUUACUAGAUACUAUUAACACGAAUUUUAAUUUCUUAAGUGUUAUA